AUAUGGUGCAAACAUAUUGCUAAACCCUACUACAUUCAUAACUAUUGCAAACUGCCUUCCUUUUUCUCACUCUUUCCAGUCCCCAAAAUAGGGUUUUCCUCAAGACAGAAAGCGAACGGGUUAGAGAGAGAGGGGAAAGAGUUUUAUCCACUUCGACGAAAGCUUCCCUUUUAUUUCUUGCAGAGAGCAAAGAAAAAUGAGGAAGAAGGUCGAUGAAAGAAUCAGAACUCUAAUCGAAAACGGCGUCAAAACCAGACACCGUUCCCUGUUUUUCAUCAUCGGCGACAAAUCCCGUGACCAGAUUGUGAAUCUCCAUUACAUGCUUAGUAAAGCGGUGGUCAAGUCUAGGCCGAGUGUUCUUUGGUGUUACAAGGAUAAACUUGAACUCAGCAGUCACAAGAAAAAACGUGCCAAGCAGGUUAAAAAAUUAAUGCAGAGGGGACUGCUGGAUCCGGAGAAGGUUGAUCCUUUUUCGCUUUUUGUUGAAACUGGAGGAAUAACAUAUUGCCUGUACAAAGAUUCAGAGAGAAUUCUUGGGAAUACUUUUGGCAUGUGUAUACUACAGGAUUUUGAGGCUUUGACACCAAAUCUUCUUGCGAGGACGAUUGAAACAGUAGAGGGUGGUGGUUUAAUUUUAUUGCUGCUCCGUUCUCUGGCCUCACUCACCAGUCUCUGCACCAUGGUCAUGGAUGUUCAUGAGAGGUUUCGUACCGAAUCUCAUACCAAGGCUGCUGGACGCUUUAAUGAACGUUUUUUAUUAUCACUUGCAUCAUGCAAAGCAUGUGUAGUAAUGGAUGACGAGCUGAAUAUUCUACCAAUUUCUUCUCAUAUGAAGUCGAUUACCGCUGUUCCAGUUAGGGAGGAUUUGGAGGGGCUUUCCGAAGCAGAGCGGGAUCUGAAGAUUCUGAAAGAACAACUAAAUGAUGAUUUUCCAGUUGGUCCUCUUCUUAGGAAGUGUUGUACAAUGGACCAGGGAAAAGCUGUCAUUACAUUUCUUGAUGCAAUUUUGGACAAGACACUUCGUACCACAGUUGCUUUGCUUGCUUCUCGAGGACGGGGGAAGUCCGCUGCACUUGGUCUAGCAAUUGCUGGAGCUAUUGCUGCAGGGUAUUCGAAUAUCUUUGUAACUGCACCGAGCCCUGAGAAUUUGAAGACUUUGUUUGAGUUUAUAUGUAAGGGAUUUGAUGCACUUGAAUAUAAGGAGCACUUGGAUUAUGAUGUGGUGAAAAGUACCAAUCCAGAGUUCAAGAAAGCAACUGUGCGUAUAAAUAUUUACAAACAGCACAGACAAACAAUUCAGUAUAUACAACCACAUGAACACGAAAAGCUUUCCCAAGUUGAACUGUUAGUUGUUGAUGAAGCAGCAGCUAUCCCGUUACCGGUUGUGAAGUCCUUGCUUGGCCCUUAUCUGGUCUUCCUAUCAUCCACUGUUAAUGGCUAUGAAGGUACAGGUCGGUCUUUAUCACUAAAGCUUCUGCAGCAAUUGGAAGAGCAAAGUCAGAUGUCUGCUAAGAGUGCAGAGAGCUCUCUUUCUGGUCGGCUUUUCAAGAAGAUAGAGUUGAGCGAAUCUAUAAGAUAUGCUUCUGGUGAUCCAAUUGAAUCCUGGCUUCAUGCUUUACUUUGUUUGGAUGUUGCAAAUUCCAUCCCUAAUAUCAGCAGGUUACCUCCACCCAGUGAGUGUGAUCUCUACUAUGUUAACCGGGACACACUUUUCUCAUAUCACAAAGACAGUGAGUUAUUUUUGCAGCGAAUGAUGGCACUAUAUGUUGCUUCUCACUAUAAGAAUUCUCCAAAUGAUCUACAAUUAUUGGCUGAUGCUCCUGCCCAUCACUUGUUUGUGUUACUUGGUCCUGUUGAUGAGUCGAAAAACCACCUUCCUGAUAUUUUGUGUGUCAUCCAGGUCUGUUUUGAAGGGCAGAUUUCUCGUGAAUCUGCUAUCAAAAGUUUAAGUGAUGGUCAUCGACCCUCUGGAGACCAAAUACCAUGGAAAUUCUGUGAACAAUUUACAGAUAAAAAUUUUCCAGAACUUUCAGGUGCUCGCAUUGUACGGAUUGCCACCCAUCCAAGUGCAAUGAGGCUUGGAUAUGGUUCGACUGCAGUUGAACUUUUGACAAGGUACUUUGAAGGACAGUUAACAUAUUUUUCUGAAGGAGAUUUUGAAAAUGCUUCGGAGUCUAAACAUGUCAGAGUUAUGGAGGCAGCAGAGAAGGUAUCCUUACUAGAAGAACAGAUAAAACCUAGGACGGACCUUCCACCUCUGCUUGUACAUCCUCGUGAACGACGGUCUGAAAAGCUCCAUUAUAUUGGUGUCUCUUUUGGGCUUACCCUUGACCUUUUUCGCUUUUGGAGAAGACAAAAGUUUGCUCCCUUCUACAUUGGCCAGCUUCCAAGUACUGUGACCGGGGAGCAUACCUGUAUGGUCCUAAAACCAUUAAACACUGAUGAUAUUGAAGCUAGUGGAUCGGAUGAAUGGGGUUUCUUCAGUCCCUAUUACAAAGACUUCAAACAAAAGUUUAUAGGACUAUUGGAUAGAGGCUUCCGCAAGAUGGAAUCCAAGCUUGCUAUAAGCGUCUUGGAUCCGAAGAUCAACUUCAUGGAGCAUGAGUCUGCAUCAUUCGCCUCAAAUGAAUUUUUGAAGUCACUUGAUGGGAUCUUAUCACCAUAUGAUAUGGAGCGACUGGAAUUAUACACAAACAAUCUUGCCGAUUAUCGUUCGAUUCUGCACUUUGUAUCGAACCUUUCAUAUCAAUAUUUCCUGGAGAAGCUUCCAGUUACACUCUCUUAUGCCCAGGCCUCUGUUUUGCUCUGCAUUGGCUUGCAGAAAAAAGAAGUCUCUGAUAUUGAGCGAGAGAUGAAGUUGGAAGGGCAGCAGAUAUUGUCGCUGUUCAUCAAAGUUAUGAAAAAGUUCUACAAGUAUCUGUAUGGUAUUGCAUCAAAGGAGAUAGAUUCAACCCUACCUCGACUGAAAGAAAAUGUAAUGGAACCUCACAGUAUUUCUGUAGACGAAGAUCUUAACGAAGCAGCAAAGCAAGUCAAGGAUGAUAUGAAAGCCAAGAUGGAUGGUUUGUUGGAUCCCGAGCUCCUCCAACAGUAUGCAAUCGUGGGCAGUGAAGUAGAUUUUGAGAAUGCUUUGCAAAAUGGUGGGAAGGUACCCUCAGGUGGUCUCGUUAGUGUGAAAUCCAAUCGAACUAAGGUGGAAAAGCUUGGAAAACAGAAAGUUGGCCACCAGAGUGGAAACAAAAGACACAAGGAAGAUAGUGGUGGUUCCAAGUCAAAGAAGAAGAGGAAACCUUGAAGCACUAGACGAUGGAUUCAACAAUCAUAGAAUGCCACAACUAAUUAUACCGAGUUCUAUACGGGAGUAAGGGAUAAAUUUUCUGUGGGAAAUUAAAUUAUCAUUGUAAUAUCAUAAUUUUUUUGUAUCUCAAGAAUUUGUGGUAUGAUAAUUACUAUCAAUCAAUUUAGAAUAUAGGGUGAUGAACAAUUUUGACAUGGGCUUUAUGCGUAAGCUCCAUUUUGUGCUUUAUGUUUUGGUUUCUCUAAGCUUUCUUCUUCUUUUUUUCCUUAUUUUAAAGGUAAUCAAAAUUUUGUAUACUAGGCAGGGGUACAUUAUCUUUUGGUUUACACAACUAAUAUUGAAUUUCUGUUUCUGAUUA